AUAAAAACAAAUUCAGCUGAAGAAAUUGCUCAACAUUUUCACACUCUCCCCACUCACUUUCAGAAACAUGCCGACGGUUUGCAUAUAUAUAAAGCGGUGCGUUUCAGUAAUAGCGCCAACAGAAGUAGUAGUUCCCAAAUCUUGCUGCUCUCAAAGUCUUUCAUCUCAUCCACUUCUGUUUAUGGCUUUCCUUUCAAUGACCCCGCAUGACACGAAGAAUCUUCGUCUUCGUAAAAGCACCGGAAAGUCUCUCCUUAAAUAAAUCUGUUAUUGGAUUUUGGUUUUACUGACUUUCUCACUGUCAAAGUUGAAGUUGUCUCAUUCAUCUAGUUUACAGGAAAAGGCUAGCUAAGGAGGAGAUGUUUUCUCUUCAGCAUACCACACUGUUGUUGAGAGUUUUCCUGUUGGUGUUGAUACUAGAAAAUGUUAAGGGGUCUUCCUCAUCAGCUUCCAAUUAUUUGAUUGGCCUUGGAAGCUAUGACAUAACAGGUCCUGCUGCUGAUGUUAAUAUGAUGGGUUAUGCAAAUGCUGAGCAGACUGCAUCUGGGAUUCACUUCAGGCUCAGAGCUCGUACAUUUAUUGUAGCAGAACAGCAGGGCAACCGUGUAGUUUUCGUGAACCUUGAUGCUUGCAUGGCCUCCCAAAUUGUAACAAUUAAACUUCUUGAGAGAUUGAAAGUGAGGUAUGGGGAGCUUUAUACAGAGAAGAAUGUGGCAAUUAGUGGGAUUCACACUCAUGCUGGGCCUGGGGGCUACCUUCAAUAUGUUGUAUAUAUUGUUACAUCUCUUGGAUUUGUAAGACAGUCAUUUGAUGUUCUUGUUGAUGGCAUUGAGAAAAGCAUAAUCCAAGCCCAUGAAAACCUUCGUCCAGGGUCAGUUUUUGUGAACAAAGGAGAGCUCUUAAAUGCUGGUGUGAACCGUAGUCCAAGUGCUUAUCUCAGCAAUCCUGCAGAAGAGCGGAGCAAAUAUAAGUUUGAUGUUGAUAAAGAAAUGACUCUCAUAAAAUUUGAAGAUAAGGAGUGGGGCGCUGUCGGUAGCUUUAACUGGUUUGCAACUCAUGGAACUUCCAUGAGUCGUACAAACUCAUUGAUAAGUGGGGAUAACAAAGGAGCUGCCGCUAGAUUCAUGGAGGACUGGUUUGAACGGCAUGGUGUUGUGAGAGGUUUUGAUGGUCUAUCUUCCAAUAGAUCAGGUACUGGCAGAGUCCCCAGAAGAGUCUCAAGCCUAGUUCCUAAAGAUAAUGGAAAUGGAAAUGAGUUGAUGAAACUUGCCGCCUCCUUUCAGUCUUCUCAAGGACGAAUCGUGACAAGGCUUUCAAGUGUUGCAAGACGGGUUAGGAAUGCCUUAAUGAAAGCUGAAAGGCCUCAAUUUGUAUCUGCAUUCUGUCAAUCUAAUUGUGGUGAUGUAAGCCCAAAUGUUCUUGGUGCCUUUUGCAUAGACACUGGACUUCCAUGUGAUUUCAAUCACAGUACCUGCAAUGGUAAAAAUGAAUUGUGCUAUGGCCGAGGACCAGGUUACCCUGAUGAAUUUGAGAGCACUCGCAUAAUAGGAGAAAGGCAAUUCAGAAAAGCUGUCGAACUGUUUGACAAAGCAACUGAGAAGCUGAAGGGGAAGGUUGGAUUCCAACAUGCAUACAUAGAUUUUUCAAGCCUUGAGGUCUCACUUCCUAAAGUUGGAGGGCCUAAUGAGGUGGUGAAAACUUGCCCAGCUGCCAUGGGCUUUGCCUUUGCUGCAGGAACCACUGAUGGGCCUGGAGCUUUUGAUUUCAAGCAGGGAGAUGACAAGGGAAAUGCCUUCUGGAGAUUGGUAAGGGACUUUCUGAAAGCACCGGACCAAGAGCAGGUCAAUUGCCAGCAUCCAAAGCCUAUUCUACUUGAUACUGGGGAAAUGAAGGAACCAUAUGACUGGGCACCAUCAAUACUACCAGUUCAAAUUUUGCGAAUUGGCCAACUUGUCAUUCUCUCUGUACCUGGAGAAUUUACAACUAUGGCUGGAAGGCGGCUCCGUGAUGCUGUUAAGAGGGUCCUUACCUCUGGAGGUAGGAAAGAAUUUGACAACAAUGUCCAUGUAGUCAUUGCCGGGCUAACAAAUACAUAUUCACAGUAUGUUACCACCUUUGAAGAGUACAAAGUGCAGAGAUAUGAGGGAGCGUCCACUCUUUAUGGACCGCACACACUUGAAGCUUACAUUCAAGAGUUCAAGAAACUAGCAACAGCUCUCAUCAAUGGCCAAACUGUCGAACCAGGCCCACCGCCCCCCGACCUCCUUGACAAGCAAAUCAGCCUACUAACACCCGUUGUUCUGGACACAACCUCUCUUGGUGUUAAAUUUGGGGAUAUUAAAACUGAUGUCCCUCCAAAUUCCACCUUCAAGAGGGGUGACGUUGUUACAGCCACCUUCUGGUCUGCUUGCCCAAGGAAUGACCUCCUGACUGAAGGCACAUUUGCACUGGUUGAGAUUCUGCAGGACCGGAAGACAUGGGUUCCAGCCUAUGAUGAUGAUGAUUUUUGCUUGAAGUUUAAGUGGUCAAGGCCUGAAAAACUCAGUCCUCAGAGUCAUGCAACUAUAGAAUGGAGGAUUCCAAAAACCACAGUUUCAGGUGUGUACAGGAUAAGCCAUUUUGGUGCAUCAAAGGCGCUGUUUGGGUCGAUUCGCCAUUUCACAGGUUCCUCUAGUGCUUUUGUAGUGGCAUAGGCAGGUAGACAUGCUGCAUGUAGACCGGAUAGCCAUGUUUUAUGGGGAGCGCUAAACGACACUCCUCACGAGGCUUAAUUGUACUGCUGCACAAGAGUGCAGCACAAUACAGCAUGAGGUAGUGCUAAUAGCGCUCCCCUAUAUCUAAUUUUGUUUUCAUUCAACAGAUUGAGUUACCACUUUACAGCUCCUAGAACCAAAGUUGAGAAAUUUAUCCUCAAGAGUAACUAUUACCAUUAGACAGUAGUUAAUGGACAAAUGUAGUCAUUAUCUUGGUACCUUGUUGCGUUUCUGGUUUCUUCAGUUUGAAGCCUCCUGUCUUGUUUUUAGGA